AUGUCUUCACUGCGCUGUGCCACCCCUAAACUGAGGAACUACUUCAGGGACAAAUACAUCCCUCAGAUCUGUGAGGCGCUGCUAUGUGGAUUACUUGUGACAUGUCCCGACGAUCCACUGAGAUAUUUAGAGCAAAUGAUCAAAAUUAUCAUUAAAAAUGGUCUGGAAAACCUUCUUUGGGACAUGUGCAUCGAUCCAGCACUGAAACCAAGACUUCGGAGACUGUCUGAAACAUACUUGGAACAGCUUUUUGGACUGGAUGACCAACUGGUGACUCCAGAGUUGAUGGUGAAAGCCUGCACGUUUUACACUGGACAUUUAGUGAAGAGCCAUUUUGGUGGUUGGAAGGAGGUCGCAAUACCUCGUGCAAAUCAGGAGGCAAUCAUGGCCGAAAAAAUGAACAGAGCAAUAGAACAUUACAAUUCUAGAUGUCUGAAAUCAUUUUUCAUUCACUGGUUCUCCUAUGUGAAGACCACUAGAGAAAGACUUGUAGUUUCGCUGCUCCGGUUGCGAGAGAUGUUUUAUACCCAAAGGCAAAAACUUAUCCUAGCAAUAUGGAAGGAGAAAGCCAGACAGAGGAGUAAAUCAAGAGAAGACGAUUUGAUUUCAAAGCACGAACUUCAGCUGAGGAAAUGGAAGUACAAGCUUUUGAAGUCCAAAGCAGUUGAGGAAAAGCCCAUUAGCCCCGAGCAAAGUGCCUCUGAAGCGGCCCUGUCGGCUGUGCCUGUGGAAUUUGAGAUCGCAGCGCUGCCAGAUCGAGCGAUUUUGCUGAUUUUCUCGUACCUCAGCUUUAGAGAGACGAUCACAUGCGGUCAGGUGAACCGUUCCUGGAUGGCACUGACACACAGGGGCUUCCUGUGGAGUGCUAUUGAUUUUUCCACAUCGAAAAACAUCGCCGAUAAGUGUGUGGUGACCACUUUGCAAAAGUGGCGUCUAACCGUGCUGCGCCUGAACUUCCAAGGGUGUCACUUCCGGACAAAAACCCUGAAGGCUGUCAGCCACUGUAAAAACCUGCAAGAGCUGAACCUCUCAGACUGCCAGUCCCUCACAGAUGAAUCAAUGAGACACAUUUCUGAGGGCUGCCCUGGCGUCCUGUAUCUGAAUCUGUCCAACACAGCGAUCACCAACAGGACAAUGCGACUCCUGCCCAGGUACUUCCACAACUUACAGAAUCUCAGCCUGGCUUACUGCCGAAAGUUCACGGACAAAGGCUUACAGUACCUGAACUUGGGGGACGGCUGCCACAAGCUCAUCUAUCUGGACCUUUCCGGCUGCACCCAGAUCUCAGUGCAAGGCUUCAGGAACAUCGCCAACAGCUGCACGGGCAUCAUGCACCUGACCAUCAACGACAUGCCAACCCUGACUGACAACUGUGUAAAAGUCUUGGUUGAGAAGUGUCCCCACAUCUCCACGGUGGUUUUCCUUGGCUCACCACACAUCUCUGACCGCGCCUUCAAAGCUCUUUCUUCCUGCAACCUCAAAAAAAUCCGAUUUGAAGGAAACAAAAGGAUUACUGAUGCGUGCUUCAAAUAUAUAGACAAGAACUACCCAGGUAUCAAUCACAUUUACAUGGUGGACUGCAAGGCACUAACGGACAGCAGCCUCAAGUCGCUUUCUGUGUUGAAGCAACUGGCUGUGCUGAACUUGACCAACUGUGUGAGGAUUAGCGACACCGGCCUGCGGCAGUUUCUUGAUGGUCCCGCAAGCAUGAGGCUCAGAGAGCUCAACUUGACUAACUGUACCCUCCUGGGCGACACCUCCAUCGUGAGACUGUCGGAGCGCUGCCCUAAUUUGCACUAUUUGAGCUUACGAAAUUGUGAUCAUUUGACUGACAUCGCAAUUGAAUUUAUUACAAGCAUGCUAUCAUUGAUAUCAAUAGAUCUUUCUGGAACACUCAUCACAAAUGAGUCGUACUGUAGGACCUCGCUGCACCUGGAACACCUGGAUGUCUCCUUCUGUGCCCACCUCACGGAUGAAAUUAUAAAAACCGUAGCCAUCUUCUGCACGCGAAUCACGUCUCUCAACAUCGCGGGAUGUCCAAAGAUUACUGAUGGAGGUCUGGAGGCAUUAUCUGCAAAGUGCCAUUAUCUGCACAUCCUGGACAUCUCUGGCUGUAUCCUCCUUACAGACCAGAUCCUUCAGGACCUUCAAAUAGGCUGCAAACAACUCCGGAUCCUCAAGAUGCGAUACUGCAGGUCCAUCUCCAUGGCGGCAGCUCACAGAAUGUCCGCUGUGGUCCAGCGUCAGGAAUACAGCUCCGGCAACCCUCCGAGAUGGUUUGGGUAUGACUCCGAAGGCAAUCCUCUCGCAGAGCCUCACAAUAGAAUGCCAGUUAGAAAUUACUCAGAACUGAUAGUCAAAGAGGCUUUCAGCAGUGAUGAAGAAAGUCCUGACUCCAACGUCAAAUAGGAAAAACAGAACAUCUGGAACUAAUUUUGAUGCUUCUCCAUUUGAUGUUCAUAUUGUUAGUUGCUGGCUCCCAGUAACAACACAGAAAAGCCACAUGCCUCUGUGUCUUACUUCAAAGCAAACAUCACCUCUCUCUCAUGAGAGCCCACGGUAACCCGGUCAAUUUAUUUACAAACAUUUAUUUAUUUAAUGAAUGUGUGCCCGUAUGAGACCGUGUGUGUGCAGAGUCCACAAGGUCUGAGAACUGGUGUCAGAGGACGGUGAGAGUUAUGUAGGUGCUGGGAACUGAACUUGGGUCUCCAAGGCCAGUGAAGACUUUUGACCACUAAGUCAUCUCUCUAGUUCCAAGCAAACUAAGUUUAGUGAGAUGAUCAGACCCAAGGUUACAACAUAGGAAACAGCUCGGAAGACAUGGCUUUUGUUCUUUAAGUAGAAAAUGCUCUCCAGAUAGGACAAGAACGUGGAGGUGGCCACUGAAACCAGUCAGCUCUUGAGCCAAGGUGACGGACACCUCUGAGGAUCUGUCAAGCUUUGAUACACAUGACAGGGACAUUUUCAAAGGCAAAAAGAAGCUUUCUCAUAGUUUCCAGACACUUGACAAUAAAGGAGAGCUAAAAAUCCCUAGAUUCAACACUCAGAAACAGGAGCGAUGUGGCCAGAAAGGCCGCUGCUGGGACACUGGCUGUGUCUUCUCAGCAUGUCUGGGCUACACAAGGAUGCCAGAAAGACAAAACCAAAACACCUUUUAGUCUUUUUCCGUGAAGAACUGGCCUUUAAUUUCCUAUCUGAAGACUAAUUUAAUAUGCUUCUAUCAUGUUUUUUUUUCCAUUAUUUGACCCAUUAUCAUUACCAUCAUAGGAUCUGAUGCUGCCAGACAGGCAGACACCUUUUCUGACCGCUACACACACCCUGAGGCAGGGACGCUGGAGCAGCCUUUCGCCUCUUUCCUCGGCCCCUUAUCUCUUAAACGAGGUUAGCCUGUUUACCUACAAUUUGAAACAGUUGAAACAUUUAAAAGUUUUAAAAAGGUCUCUCACCAUAUUAUUAUUGAGUAUCCCGUAUCAGUUAAAGGCUUUUAAAUCAUUCCCCUCCCUCUUUCUGGAUGUUUUUGGGAUCAGUGGUAGAAAGUCCAUGGGAGUCAAGAACAAAGGAAUCUGUUAAAACAGCAAGUUUUAAAUCUGCACCAAAUGACCACAGUACGAGUGAAGUUUGUGGCAGCUGUGUGAGGGCUGGCUUCAGGAGUCUGACCCCUGAUGUUCAGUGCA